AUGGAACACUGCCGAGAAGAAUGCGCAAGAAGCGUCUGCAAAGCCAUUGUUGAAGGUUUCAAUAAUGUUCGAGAGCCUAUUCGUCAUGCCGUCAAUAAUGGGCUACAGGAUGGAAUCCGGGACGGCCAAGGAGUUAUGCAAGAUACUAUCAGAAACAGCAUCCUGGCCGAAGUUCGUUUAGCCCAAGAAAACAUUGCCGACAGUGUAAACAAUCGCAACAAGAAUGGCAUCGAUAGUACUAAUAAUACUGAGCAAGCCUUAAGGUGGUGGGACGAAUUUCUUCGGCACACAAUUACAAUAUCCGUUUUCGGAGGAUCAAUCACCCUUACAGUCAUUGUCCAAGCGAUUCAAGAUCCUGCCGAGCUGAAUAAGGACUCAAGAUUUCAUCACGACACCGUCCGCAUAUUUCUCACAGUAGCCUGGCUUCUUUUUGUCAGCGCACUGGCUCUUGCACUUGUCAGCAGUCUUCUUCUGCCAUUUGAUCAUGAGGCAUUGCCUAUGUGGAGGUGGUAG